UAAGCUAAAUCAAUCCAUCGGUCAUCCAUUCAGAGUUUAGCCUCAGCUUCAGCCGACACUCUUCCGUCUUCACUCAUUUCAUUUUCUUCUUCUGCUUCUCGACCUCCUUUGUCCAUCUCUUCAAUUUUGUCAAGUUGAACUCAAGCCUGCAAGCCUCAGCCCUCAAGCAGACGAUUCAACAGUGUUUCGAUUUCGAUUUCUCAAGCCUCAAGCAGAAGCUGUAAAACGCCGACCUUCUUCAUCUGCAAGUUUGGACCUUCUUUAAUUGAUGGCUAUCCAGCUUCUUCAGGUGAUGGUGUAUAUUACGUGUAGGUUUGGACUUUAUUAAAAUUUUGGUUGGAGUGAUUACAGUACACUACUCCUUGCUCGAUGCUAGGAGGUGUGAAAUUGUUGUUACAAUACCUCUUUUGAUGGCUUUCUAUAUUCUUGGCACUUCCACUCCUUGUGUUAAUAUUGCUUCGACACAAUACCUCUGUUUAGGUCCCUGUUAUGUGUUUGGCAAUUCUCCAGCUUCUCUAUGCUCCUUGCACAAUCAAUCUGUUUUGUUAAUCAUUUUGAUUACGCACUUCAGGCAGUUGCUUUUGGUUUUUGAUAGGGUACUCCGUGACUCUGGCCUUCCUACUUAAUACUACUGUGCCAUAAUACAGAGUGGUCAGGGGUUGAAGUACCAUUCCCUAAUGAUGCAAUUAUCUUUUCUUUAAUUUGUUUGUGUUUACUUUUGCUAGCUAUCCAGUGAUUGCAAAAUGCAAAGCAUACUACAGAUAUGUAUGCGUAUCAAACCCAAACGAGCUAGUAUAUAACCAGAGAAUGACUAUUGGAAUUGUGGAAUUGGUUUAUAAAUUGGUUUAAAGCAAUUUAUAGAUUGAAAAUAGGGGCGGGUACCCUAUGACCCGCCCCUAUUUUUCGGGUAUCCGAGGAUCGGGUACCCGAGGGAGCUCGGAGCGGAUUAGGGUCAAAAAAAUAGUGACCUGACAUGUUAGGGUCGGGUCAGCCAAUUACCGUUCGGGGCGGGUACCCGACCCGUGCCCACCCCUAUUUAUCUAUACGUUAUGCAAUGCCAAACAGGCGGGCCGCCUCAAUUAAUGCAGAGAUGGCUGACCAAAAUCAAUCUAUAUGCUGUCCUCAACUCAGCCUACCGAAACUGAAAGAAGAGUAGAAGACGGGCAUGAUUAUUUCAUAGUGACUGGACUGAAACGCUGAGCUGACUUGACUUAUUGCAUACAUUUCCAAAUAAAUUUCAUCAUAAUUUUCAAGUUUGUUAGACGACUAAAUGAGCUACGAGAAUUUGUCUACACAAUAAUGUCAAAAUUGCAACAUUCCCUUCUGCUUCUCGCUUUCACAAGUCUUUUGAUGCCUUUGCUUGCAAUUUCACCCGCAACCAGAAUUGAAGAACAGAGAAUUCUACUCAAAAUCAAGCAGAUUUUUGGUAAUCCACCAAGUUUAGAAUCUUGGAAGCCAUCAUCCUCCUCACCCUGUGACUGGCUUGAGAUUUCUUGCAGCAAUGGCACAGUCACUUACAUUUCUCUUGGCAGCAAAAAUAUAUCUACAACGCUGCCCAGAAUCAUAUGUGACCUUCCGAAUCUCCAAGGCAUUGACCUUUCCGACAACUCCAUUCCCGGCAACUUCCCUGAUUUUCUUUGCAGCUGCAAGAAACUUAAUCGUCUUGAUCUCUCUUGGAAUAAUUUUCUUGGGCCAAUUCCUGAUGAUAUUCAAUGUUUAUCAGGACUUCGGUACCUCGACUUAGGACACAAUAACUUCUACAGCAUCCCUAAAGGCAUUGGGCAGCUGCAAGAGUUAACAUCAUUGACGAUUGACGGGAAUAGCAUAAGAACUAUUCCAGUACUGGAGAUUGGAAAUUUGUCCAAUCUGGAAGAGUUGAGUUUGUCAGUUAAUGAGGGGUUGGCUCCAGAUGAAAUUCCCCUGGAGUUUGCUGGGCUAAAGAAGUUGAAGUCGUUGUCCAUGAGCGCAACAAAUUUGAUAGGUGAAAUUCCGCAGUUUAUUGUUGUCAAUCUAACAAACCUUGAAACUCUGGACCUCUCAAAUAACAGAUUGGCAGGAUCUAUACCUGGAGGUUUUAACAAACUGCACAAUCUUCAAACUCUAUUGCUAGGUUUCAAUAAAUUCUCUGGAUCGCUACCAUCAGGUAUUGUCAAUCCAAAUCUUAAAGUACUUGACUUGCGUUACAAUCGACUCUUUGGGCUUGUCCCUGAUGAGUAUGAGAAAGCAGAUUAUACCUUGAGUUUCAGUGAGAACUUGAACCUGUGUACUGACAACAAAAUUCUUCAACUUCCUCUUUGCACUAAAAAAAAAGCGCAUAUGUUCUUCUACAUUCUCGCUGCCAUCUUUGGUUUUAUACUUGCUAGUGGAUUAUCUGUCUAUUUCUUAGCUAAGAAGUAUGGUCAGCACAGAAGGAAAGUACAUACUAAUGAUAUUCCUGAGUGGGAAUCCAUCUGGUUUCACAAGUUGAAUUUUACAGAAUCAGACAUCUUAUCCAGCUUGUCAGAAAAUAAUCUGAUUGGAAGAGGGGGUAGUGGGAAGGUAUAUCGGAUUAUUAUCAAUCCAAUUGGUGAAAAAGUUGCGGUGAAGAGGGUAUGGAAUGACAAGAAGUCGGACCAAAGGCUUGAGAGGGAAUUUCUUGCAGAAGUUCAAGUACUGGGGAUGAUUAGGCAUUGCAACAUAGUGAAGCUCUUGGGUUGCAUUUCUAGCAAAACCGCUAAGCUCCUCAUAUAUGAGUACAUGGAGAAUCAGAGCCUUGAUAAGUGGCUGCAUAAGAAAGCAGGAAGCACAACUUCAGAAGCUUGUGAUAGUACCCCAGGAGAUGUUCUGGACUGGCCAACAAGGCUGCGCAUAGCCAUUGGAACUGCUCAGGGGCUUUGCUACAUGCACCAUGACUGCUCUCUACCUAUAGUACAUCGCGAUAUAAAGUCCAGCAAUAUUCUCUUGGAUUCGGGGUUGAAUGCAAAAAUAGCAGAUUAUGGACUUGCAAAAGUUCUGGUGAAAGAAGGAGAGCCUGAGACAGCAUCUGCAGUUGCUGGAACUUUUGGUUAUAUUGCCCCAGAGUACGCCUACACAUCAAAAUUAAAUGUGAAGAGCGAUGUCUAUAGUUUUGGUGUGGUACUUCUUGAGCUAACAACUGGAAGACAGCCUGUAAUUGUGGAUGAACAAAUGAACCUUGUACAAUGGGCAUGGCAGCAUUACGAAGAAGAAAAGUCAAUUAUCACUGCUUUGGAUGAGGAAAUCAUGGAACCAUGUUACUUGGAAACAAUGACAGCAGUGUUCAAACUAGGACUCAAGUGCACUAGCCCUUCACCUUCUCAAAGGCCUGCCAUGAAUGAGAUCUUGCAAAUUCUUCUUAGCUGUCCUAUUAAUUUUCCUUCUUGGCAGGAGUCUUCUGUUGUACUUACUGUCCACUAGAAAUUCAGUGAUUAUGCAGAUUCAGCAAAACGUAACUUGUGUCCACAAAUGCUGGAACCAUGAAAAGCCCUGAUUUCAUUUCUAAUUCUGGAUGGUGAUGUGCCAAAAUCUUUAAUAAUGUUCCCUGAUGGAAGCAUAAUUAAAAAAGUUCCUUGAUCAAUAA